GGCGCUGCGGCUGUGCUGAUGGAGGGCCUUCGGGUGGUGGGGGAGGAGCGGCGCGCCGGGCUGCAGGGGUUCAGUGCGCGGGGCAUGUGCAGGGCGGUGGACGGCGACGCGUGGCUGUGGGGAGACGAGUUGCCGGACUAUGACGGCCUUCUCGCGACCGUGGUCGAGCGGGAGGCGCGCGGAGAUCAGGGUCGGCGACGUUUGCUGCUGUCCGUGGCGCAGAGGCUUCUGGGCAACGUGCGCGUGAGGGAGCUCAGCGGGUCGGAGCGCGUCGACGCGGAGGCUCUUCUUGUGCGCCUGGGUGUUGCGCGGGCGGCCGUCGGCCGCGAUAGGGGCUUCGGGCGGGUGGACGGCGUGCUGUGCGAGGGCGCCCUUCGCGAUGCUGCGCGCGAGGUUGCGGGGGGGCGCGAUGAACGGGAGGUUCAGCUGGGCGAGCUGGCGACGGGGAUGCUUCGGCGGCAGGACGUGUUGGGGUACUGGGGCGGCAGGGUGGAGGACGCCCUCUCGCCGGAGAUGCGGCCUCUGCACAUGUCCGCGGUGAAGGAGGCUCUGGGAGCAUUGAUUCCGGCCGCGCUUCACGGGAGUCUGGAUCGGUUCGUGGCGGCCCAGAAGGACGUUGCGGUGUUGGGGGGGGGGGCGAGCUACUUGCUCAUGGACCGCUACAGGGUGAACGUGCGGUCGGAGGAUGCUUUGCGCCGCGGCCGGUUCACGGAGGACGUCCUGGAGUUUUUCCUGAAGGUGUUGCAGCGGAUUUGCGGCGUCCUGGCGCUGCCUGUCGCGGUGGCGAGCAAGACGGUCGGUCUGCAUGCCGGGCGGGCGGAGUCCGCGGAGCAGUUCAGGAAUAUCAUGGGCGGCUGGAAGAAGGUGUGGAAUCGGGCGGAUGUGGCGGGGAAGAAGGAGCUGGUGUUGCCUGUCGCGGUGGACGAGAAGGGGCGCGACUGGUUCUGCGUGUCCGUGAGGUCUGCGUCAGAGGGGGGUGCGGCGCGUCGAGUGGCCUUGAACUUGGACGCGUUGGUGCGCGGACCCGCCUCGGCGGUGGCGGGCCAGGCGGGGCCGGAGACGAUCAUGGAGGAGGGGGUUCCCGAGUGCUGGGUGUCUCAGCAGCGCUGCCUCUGCGCGUUCGGGGUCUUGCUCACUCUGGUGUCCAGGGCUGCCGGGGAGAGAGGCUUGGACAUGGCGUCGAAGACGUUCGCGCCAGACGCGGGCCAGGCGGUGGCGGCAGUCUUCGCGGGCUUUCGGGCGCGUCUCCGGCAGGAGGGCGCUUCGGAUGUUUCUGUUCUGUUGGUUGAGGUGGACGCGUGCAGGGCGGUGCUGCGGUCGCUGGGCCACGCGCCGUCGCUGGUGCGCAGGGGCGGCGAGGCCGAGGGGGAGGGCGCGGAAGCAGCGGCCGGCAGCGUCUCUGGGGGGCGGACUUCUGCUCUGGAGCGGGGCCGCGGCGACGGGGCGACCGCGGGGGUGCGGCUGCGCGUGGGCGCGUGGAACUUUGCCGGCGGGUCUUGGUCGGCGCAGGAGUGCGAGGAGGCGGGCGCGAUGGGCGAGCUGCUCGACCAGUGCCAGUUCUUGGGCGCCACGCCGGCAGCGGCGACGCGGGGGUACGUCCACUUGUACGUUCGCAGGGGCAUGGAGGCGGAGCGGCUGUUGUGUGAGGCUUCCUCGGCUGCUGGCGUGGCUGCGCGCGUCAGGGUGGCGCCGGGCCGAGGCGGUGCCGCGGCGGACGAGGUCUGCGUCUUGGCAGUGCAUUUGCCUGCCGGGGACAGGGCGGCGCAGCGCGCUGCCGCGCUGGGAGAGGCGCUGCGGUCGCUGGACGAGAGCGGGGCGGAGCGUGCCAGGGUCUUGGUCGUGGGCGACUGGAACGUGCGGGACGAGGAGGUCGCAGCGCUGUGCGAGGCUGAGGGCAUGUGCGAUGCCACGUGCGCUGGGAAGACCUGGGGCGUGAGGUGGAAUAGGUUUUUCGCAGAUCAGCAGUGCAGCGGCCCCGGCUUCCGUUUUGACCGCGCGAUGUUCGGGGAGAAGUUGUUUGCCCGGGCGCAUGUGAUGGCGCGGGGGCCUGUCGUGUUCGAAGGCGUGCAGUUCUGCGCGUCCGACCACUUCGGGUUGAUGGUGUACGUGGACGUGGCAGACGUCUUUGCGCUGCGAGGCAGGGGGCGCGAGGAGGCAGCCCGGGUGCGGCGUGGGGAGGUGUGUAGGGUCUGUGAGGUCGGCGGGGAGCGAGAGGCGCAGGAGGUCCGGGAUCGCCGGCAGGCUGCCAGGGAUCAGCAGGGGCUCGACAGGGAGAGGGCCGCGGAGAGGGACCGCGAGGCGUUUGCGAGGGGCCAGCAGAGGGCGGCUCGCGAGAGGGCACGCUGGAGGCAGGCGUUGCACGAUGCGGCUUUCGGCAGGGAGUCGCUGUUCGAUCAGGACUUCGUCGUCGAGGUGGAGGGGCUGGGCGAGGGUGUUCAGAUCUCCGCGCCGUCUGCCAUUGUCGUGCCGGGCGCUGAGGAGUGGCAAGAUGGUGGAUGGGGAGAGGUCGCCGGCGUACCCGUGGUGGGCAUGGGGAAUUUGUGGAACACGUGCUACGUCAACGGCGUGCUGCAGCUGCUCCUGCGGGUGCCGUCCGUGCACGAG